GGGCGCUGUUUCCUCAUUUUACCAAAGCCACCGGCAGGAACUACAGCAGCUGGUUCAGCUACUUGUGUAUAUUGUUGACGUAUUAAUGUGUAGACAGCAUACACAGAGGUACAUAGCGAUCACUAUACGUAAAUGUAUAUCUGUGCUUAACUCAGGCUGCAUUUGUGUAAACGGAAAGCUUGCUCAAGUGGGGCAGACACAAUUUCGAGAGACUCCAUCUUUAAACACUUUCACCGUGUUUGUUCUGUAACAGUAAUACUAUUGUAUUUUUAUGCAUCGGCGUUUACAGCAAUCAGCUGAAUAUAAUCAAUGAGAUUUGACUGACUUAAAAUCCAUGUAGAUUUUAACUGUUUUGCCACUGUACUGUUCGCAAACAAAGUUUUAAAGGCAAGGUCUGUAUCAAAGGCGAAAGUCUGGACUGUGUUGUCAAAGAUUUUAUUUGACUCGUAUACACACGUGCAUGUCUUUGAAAGCCUUAACAUUAAACAUGCGAGGCAGUUUGUGGAGUUCCUUUAAAACGCUGCAUUCAUUCAAGUCUGUGCUGAAGUCGAACCCUGCACUCUCUCGUUCCUGCUCCUCUGGAUAUGUGUCUCAAAUCAGGUACCUGAUGAGAUUGAAGGAGGAUGAUGAAGCGUGUCGAGAGGCGUUAAAGUCAGGCAGAAUUCUGCUUUAUUGUAAUUUUGCUCCUCUGCUGCAGAAGAGCAACAACGACGUUUACAAACCAGCUUUUCUGAAAUCCUCAGAUUUGGAUAAAAUACUGGAGAAAGUUGGAAGGGACAAACUCUUUAUUAAUGAAUCUGUUCUUCUGGGAUGCGCUGAAAAUGGAGAAGCACAGUUCUCACUGGAAGUGGGGGAUUUAGACCGCAGUACAUUGGAGCAGCAGUGUGGAGGUGUGUUUGUGGAUCUCAGGAAAGCUUUCUUCAUGUUAAACGGACAAGAUACUCCUCUUGUGGCCAAAGGUCAGUCUCUACUUCGAUGGCACCAGACCAAUGGCUUCUGCAGUGCUACAGGGCAGCCCACCGUCAGGAAUCAGUCGGGAAGUCACAGAAUCUGUCACAGCAGUGGGAUCACAUACUACCCAAAAAUGGCUCCAGUGGUGAUCGUGUUGGUGUCUGAUGGGAGCAGAUGUCUGCUGGGACGACAGGCCAUGUUUCCUCCGGGCAUGUACAGCGCUCUCGCCGGAUUCUGUGACAUGGGGGAGUCAAUGGAGGAAGCCCUUCACAGAGAGGUGGCAGAGGAGGUGGGUUUAGAACUGGAGUCCCUACAGUACUCCGCAUCACAGCACUGGCCUUUCCCACAAAGCUCCUUUAUGGUAGCUUGCCAUGCAACUGUAAAUCCAGACAAAACACAGGUGAGCAUAGACAAAGCAGAACUUGAGGAUGCUCGGUGGUUCACUUUUAAAGAAAUAACAGAAGCACUUCAGAUAAAGAAACCACCACGCAACCCUAAAGGAGAACCACCUUUGUUCUGGGUCCCACCUUCUUAUGCCAUAGCCAAUCAGCUCAUUCAGGAAUGGGCCAAUCAGCAACGGUUAUUAAGAAAAUAACACCCACUCAAUGUAUUAUUGCAUAAUAUGUAUGCAUCUACAAAAUAGAUUCAGUUGCAACUUUGAUGUUUUUUAGACUUGGAUAAUAUGAAAACUUGAAGAAAAUGGAUUUGCUGUGAUAACCAACUAAUACAUUGUAAUGUGUUAAUAAUUUUAAAUGGACUUUUGGAUUUUAGUUCUACCUCGACUUACUUAAGCCCUUUUCACACAGAGAUUACGGAAAAUACAUGAAUAAAGCGUCUGUGAUUUGUUCGGGA